UUCGAACCAUCCCAGAACAUAAGAGUCUAAAGAUGUCUCCCAAUUACUUGCUAGUUUUUCUUGUCGGAGUGGUGGUUUUCACCACUUCAACUCCUUCUCUUGCCCUGAAACCCCCAAUAAUUCCCAAGCCUCCUCCUUCCCACAACCCACCAAAUCACAAGACUCCAACCCCACUUAACAAGGAAGAGCCUUUCCCAUUCCCAGAGAAGAAGCCCCUAACCCAACAUAACGAGCUCCUCAAGGGCAAAGGAGAGAAGCCUCCACCCAAGCACAAGCCACCACACAAUGAACACCACUUGCUAGAGGUGGAAGGCAAAAUUCCCGAGGGACAAAAGCCACCUCAAGAGCACACUGAGGAUCCAGAGUUUGUGAAGCCACCACCAGAGCACAAACCAGGACAACCAGGUGAUGAACCUCCCAAGGGUAAGAAGCCACCACCGGAGCACAAGCCGCCUCACAAUGAACAAAACACCGGACGUCGUUUAUUAGAGGCAGAGUCAUUGGAUGGGAAAUUGCCUCCUAAGGGAAAGAAGCCACCACCGGAGCACAAGCCGCCUCACAAUGAACAAAACACCGGACGUCGUUUAUUAGAGGCAGAGUCAUUGGAUGGGAAAUUGCCACCUAAGGGAAAGAAGCCACCACCUCCUAAGGGAAAGAAGCCACCACCGGAGCACAAGCCGCCUCACAAUGAACAAAACACCGGACGUCGUUUAUUAGAGGCAGAGUCAUUGGAUGGGAAAUUGCCUCCUAAGGGAAAGAAGCCACCACCGGAGCACAAGCCACCUCACAAUGAACAAAACACCGGACGUCGUUUAUUAGAGGCAGAGUCAUUGGAUGGGAAAUUGCCUCCUCAAGGAAAGAAGCCACCACCGGAGCACAAGCCGCCUCACAAUGAACAAAACACCGGACGUCGUUUAUUAGAGGCAGAUUCAUUGGAAGGGAAAUUGCCUCCUGAGGGAAAGAAGCCACCACCGGAGCACAAGCCACCUCAUAAUGAACAAAACACCGGACGUCGUUUAUUAGAGGCAGAGUCAUUGGAUGGGAAAUUGCCUCCUAAGGGAAAGAAGCCACCACCAGAGCACAAGCCGCCUCACAAUGAACAAAACACCGGACGUCGUUUAUUAGAGGCAGAGUCAUUGGAUGGGAAAUUUCCACCUAAGGGAAAGAAGCCACCACCUCCUAAAGGAAAGAAGCCACCACCGGAGCACAAGCCGCCUCACAAUGAACAAAACACCGGACGUCGUUUAUUAGAGGCAGAGUCAUUGGAUGGGAAAUUGCCUCCUAAGGGAAAGAAGCCACCACCGGAGCACAAGCCGCCUCACAAUGAACAAAACACCGGACGUCGUUUAUUAGAGGCAGAUUCAUUGGAUGGGAAAUUGCCUCCUAAGGGAAAGAAGCCACCACCGGAGCACAAGCCGCCUCACAAUGAACAAAACACCGGACGUCGUUUAUUAGAGGCAGAGUCAUUGGAUGGGAAAUUGCCUCCUAAGGGAAAGAAGCCAAAGCCACCUCCAAAAGGCAAGCCACCAACCCCACUUGAACAUAAUGACGAUGGAGAUCACAAGCCAUUCCCUGAACAAGACCUAAAACCAAAGCCAGUUGAGCAGCCUCCUAAGGGUAAGGGAGAUAAGCCACCGAAGGGUAAGGGAGAUGAGCCACCUCAUCAUGAUCGUCAUCUUGAAGAGAAUGUGGUGGAGGAGGGAAGAGACUCAGAUCACAAGCCACCUCGGAAACUAAAACCCCCAGUUGGUACUGGGAAGAAGCCCCCAACUCGCCCUGUCAAGCCACCCCAAAAACCACCACACAAGCCUCCAUUUCCGAACUGAUGAUGCAUGCAUGCAUGGAUGACUAGCUUGCUGGCUCGGUUCCAUAUAUUAUUAUGUAGAAUAAAAGUGACCAUCUGUUACAACUAUUACGUACGAACGUAGUUGCAUGCAUGCCACUAUUUGUACUACUUGGUACCAUCGUGGUAUUUAGCGCUCAGCUAGCUAGCAAUUGAGGAUUAGUUCAGAGAUAUGGAGUUGUAUGCUCUUCUCAUGUAUAGCAUCUAGUGUCAUCUAUGGUCUGAUUAUAAAUAUUAAUAUAUGAACUAUGCACUCUUUUCGUUUUA